GAAUUUCUAGACCAUUGCCAGGGCCGCCAAUCACUACGGCCUUCGCCUGCACCUGUUACUUGCAACUUGACCUCUCUAGCCCAAACAAGCAGACAUGUGGUGCGCGACGUGCGCGAUGGAGGUGGAGGUGGAGGCGGACGAUGCCAACGGCUUCAGCUGCUGCAUGCAGUGCGGUCGUGUGGUGGAGGACAUGGCCUUCAGCAGCGACGUCAUAUUCACCAAGGGGGGUGACGGCGAGGGCGAGAUGGUGGGGCAGAUCGUGGGCGCCGGAGGGGAGGUGCGCGGACUCAGCCGCUACUCGGGAGGCAGGCUCUGGGCGGUAGGGGGGGACUCCCACGAGGCCUCUGUGAGCCGCGGUCGCUAUGAGAUCGUGGCGCUGGUGGAGGCGCUGCGCAUCAGCCCCGCGGGGGAGGCCACGGAGGCGGCGCACCGGCUGUACCGCCUGGCGCUGCAGCGGGGCUUCACGCGGGGCAGGAGGGUCAACAUGGUUGCGGCGGUGUGCCUCUACAUAUUUUGCCGGCUGGAGCACCGGCCCUACAUGCUCAUCGACUUCUCGGACCAGCUGUCAGUCAACGUGUACGCUCUAGGCGCCGUUUUUCUGCAGAUGCUGCGGCUGCUGCGGCUGGACGAGCAUGCCACCUUCACAAAGCCCAUCGAUCCCUCGCUGUUCAUGAACCGCUUCGUGGACCGACUGCGGCUGCCCUCGCAUGAACUUAAGACGAAAGUGAGCACCACGGCGGUGCGGCUGGUGCAGUCGAUGAAGCGCGACUGGAUGCUGACGGGCCGCCGACCCAACGGCAUCUGUGGUGCGGCGCUGUUCCUGGCGUCGCACAUCCAUGGGGUGGAGAAGACUAAGAAGGACGUAAUCUCCAUCGUGCACAUCGGAUGGGCCACUGUUGAGAAGCGCGUGUUGGAGCUGGCGGAGACGCGCGACGCCAGCCUCACGCUGCGCCAGCUGGGCGAGCGCGACAAGGCGCUGGAGGCCCAGCGGGAGCAGCUGCUACUCGAGUGCGAACAGCGGGCCACAGCGGCGGCAGUGGGGAGUGCAUCUGCUGGGGGCGAGAACGCAGCGGGGUCUGCAGUGGCAGCAGCGAGGUUAGAUCAAGGGGGGGAGGACGAUGCCGCCACGGCGCCGGGAAUGGUUGCUGCUGUCGGAGUGGAGGUCGGCGCCGCUUGCGCUGGGCCCUCGCACAGCGGUGCUGGUGGUCCUACGGGAGCUGCUGCUGCCGGUGGCAUUGCGGUUGUGUUCGCCGACCCCAAUGCGGUGGGGCGGGUGUGCGAGCACGUACGGGCGGGUAGCCUGCUGCUGGCGCACGGCAUGUGCCGCACCUGCCUGGAGGACUACCUGCGAAUCACACUGGCGGUGCAGGAGGGCGCCCAAGACCCGCCUGCAUAUGUGCGCAACCUGCGGCGGGAUAUCCGCAAGCGCGUGCGUGAGAAGCUGGCGGCGGAGCGACCGCUACUGGCCUUGAAGGGCUCGGGGGAGGUGUUGGCGCUGGAGGGCCCGGCGGGCGGCGAGGAUGAGGAGAUGGACGUGCACCAACGUCGCCACUUGGAGAACGAGGAAGCCCUGCGGGAGGACUUCGGGGCCGCAGAGGAGGAGCAGGACGACCAGGGGGACGAGCGGGAAGAUGACGAGGACGAGGAGGCGGCGGGCGCGGAGGCACCAGACACCUCCGCAUGGGGCAAGGCGGGCGAGGUGGCAGCUUCCGCUGAGGGCAGCGGCGCACGCGGCAGCGGCGAUGGGGACAAUAACGUUGAUGAGCAGGAAGAGGAGGACUUUGAUGCGGCGCUUCACAGCUCGGAGCUUCAGUCCUUGGCGCAGGCGUUGGGCGGCGAGGCGGCGGCAGUGGCAUCAGCGCCACUGCAAAUCCGUGCUCGCGCCGCGGCAGGCCCCUCUUCGGGCACCGCCGGUGAGAGGGAGGCGGGUAUUGCGGUGCCAGGACCGGCGUCUCAGCGGCCGGGAGUCGCGCCUGCCACUCCUGCUGCCGCUGCUGCAGCAGGUGAGGAUGCGGAUAGGCCCGUGGGUCUGGCCAAGAGGCCAAGACUGGAGGGAUUUGAGGAGUAUGCAGCUGCCGCCACGAACGGCGCAGCGAGCGUCGCUGCUGCCACGCACGGUGCCACCGGUGCAGUGAUGGUUACCGGCUCCGCGGGUCCGAUUGCGGCUUCUGCUCCAGGCGGCGCCAUCACCCCCGCCACCGCUGAGGCUGGUGCCGACGCCGACAGCGACCACCUGUCUGACGUGGAGGAUGACGAGAUAUCCGCUUACCUGGCCACUCGUGAGGAGGCCAGUGUGCGGGAGCAGCUAUGGGUGGAGCUGAACCGCGAGUGGAUUGAGAAGCAGGAGGCCAAGCGCGCAGCAGAGGCGGCGGCGGAGGUCCCUGGCAAGUCGGGCUCGGAGCGAGGCAAGCGGAAGUACGUCCGCAAGUCCAAGGCGGCGCUGCCCGCCGCUGAGGACGCCGCGGGCGCCACUCGCAAUCUGCUUGAGGCCAAGAAGCUUUCUAACAAAAUCAACUAUGGGGCGCUGGCGGAUCUCUUUGAAGGUACAAGCAGCGGAGGCAGAGGCGGUCGCAGCGGCAGCGGAGGAGUGGUCUCGCCCGGGCUUGCUCCUCCGGCGGCGGCCGCUGCUGGAGGUGGUGGUGGCGGCCGCCGCUCCACCUCUUCCGAAUAUGGCAGUGCGGGUAAUGGCAUGGCUUCUACCGGGUCUGAGGCUGGCGAGGGGUCGACGUUGCGACCACCGGUUGCGUCGAUGCUGGCUCGACGGGCGGCUGAGCGGGCGCGGGUGCUGGCGGCUGAUGCGGACCGUUACACGGCAGCUCUGGAGGAGGAGGAGGAGCGGCGACGAGGAAGUGUGGGCGGGUUGGGCGGCAGCGGGGGGUUUCUGGAUUCACUGACAUUUGUGCGUGGGAAUGGGAAGAGUGAGGCGCCGGGUGGGCGGAUGCGGCCUCAGAGCUUAAGUCUUAAGGCGCUGGGCCGGUAGUAGGUUAUGGUGUGGAUAGUUUGGUUGGAUGCUGCUUGCAAGGAUGUGUACUGACUAGUGAAUUCCCUAGCACAGUCUGUGCACGUGUACAGUGUGUCCGUACUAGCAAGGUGCCAAGGACACUAAGAGACAAAGCUAGUCCAAGUCAGGGUCCCCUACAGCCGCAGUUUAGGGGCUCUGCGCAGUUGAUUCCUGACAGACAUGCGUUUCUCCCGCACACGGCUCAGAUAUCUAGCCAGGGGAUCGGGAGGGGCAGAGAUGAUCUCCCUUGUGGACCUACUGCUUAAGUUCAGGGAAACCUCAUACUCGCGACGUUCUUCGGGUAUUCUCAUCCUAAUGGCGUUAUUCUCAUUGCAUCAUCUGCAAACCCGCUCAGACCUGGGGCGGUUCCCGUGUGAGUUCACCUUAAUAUCCCAACACCCCAUCCUAAAGUGCAUGAGAAUUUGAUGCUUGCCGCGGGGGAUGAGCGCACUGGCGCGGCGUGGGCUAGCAAGGCCACGGGUUCACCCCCUUCAUUCGCUAGUCCUAUCCAAUGGGCAUAGCGGCACGACUUCAUACCCCUGGGCUCCCUGGGCUUAGCGGUCCUUAGCCGGGAGAGGCGGGGAUACAUGUACAUGUGGGCGCCAGUAACUAGUAGGCAGGGAUGCCUGCAUGCAUGGGCGGCAUUUGUUGAACAAGGCGAUGGUUGCACGCAUUACUUAUUUACUUUGGUAUUGCGAUGUUACGUGCCUCACCGCAUGAGCGUGUCAUGCAAGGAAGACAACUGGGAAGCCGGGAGGCGAGCUACCUGAUGAGGAGCGUUGACAUCAUGGAUAGGUGGCUUGUCAGAUGGGGCUGGAAGCACAGAAGGUAGAAGCAGGCCCUGGAAGCUGCAGUGGAGGACAUGGACUGGUAAGGGGAUCUCUCCCGAGCUUUUCUGGCCUGCUGUGUCAUUAGGCUUUGCACAUCCGGGCUUUAAGGACCGGGUGUUGGCCUGUGCAGCAGCGGUGGCAAUAGCACUGUCCAGUGCUAGCGGCGGGCGAAUGGGGCCUUGGGCACCCGCUGUAGAUCCUGAAAACAUGCUGCUCGCAUGCAUGCUUGUUGUUGGCCAGUGCGGGGACUGC